AUGCUUUCUUAUCGUCUAAUUUUUCAAAAUAUGGUUUAUCGCCUUUUAGAACGCCAAGCGGACAAUAUGCUCGACACCUUGACUAUUCUUUAUUUACCCAUAACGCAUUUCGGAUGGUUAAGGAUAAUAUGCGGAGGUAUACUCGCCUACGUAAUCGUAAAAGUAUCAUCUGCUUGGCUACAACGAAGAAAAGCGCAUGCGAUCCUUGUCGAAAAACACCAAAAGCUGUUGGAAAUUCGGCAGAAAAGCCUAUUGAGUCUGCAAAAGAAUGCAGAACUGGAACAUUUCUGUAGUCUGAGUACUCGCGAGUUGGCUGCCAAACUACGAUCGGGCGAGGUGGAGCCCUUGCAGUUACUUCACGCAUUCCAGCAACGUGCUGCAGAGCUCCUUCCACAGAACUGUAUAGCUGAAGUUAUCCUGGAGGCGAAUGACCAAGCUAAAACUCUUGUUGUGGACAAACAAGUUCCACAGUCUCCGCUCUUUGGCAUCCCGAUCAGCUUUAAGGAACACUUCGGCAUAAAAGGGUACGACACUCCACGUGGAUUAAUUAAAAACCUAAAUAAACCAGCUUCCGAGGAUGCCGUUUUGGUAAAAGUGCUUCGCUCAGCAGGAGCUAUUCCAUUUGUAACAACAUCCAUGCCACCGUCUGGAUUGUCAAUGGACUCAUCCAAUGCUAUUUUCGGAGAACAGCGGCACUUUGCUGACAAAAGACGCCUAGCAGGUGGAAGUUCCGGUGGUGAGGCCCUGUUUAUCGCGGGAGGUGGAUCUCCGCUCGGCUUUGGAUCAGAUAUUGCCGGUAGCCUGCGUAUACCGGCCGCGUUUUGUGGUAUUUCUAGCCUGAAGCCCACGUUCAAACGCCUUAGUCAAUUCGGUCUUGUUACUGAGUACAGGAGGAGCAAUGCUUGCUUAGAUGUAUGUGUAGGACCAAUGGCAAGGAAGGUAGAAUCCUUGGUGGACGCUAUGCGCACUCUCCUCGGACCGGAAAUGUUCAAUCUGGAUCCCACUGUUCCACCAAUUCCAUUUGAUGAAGCCCUCUUUUCUGGUUCCUGCAAAAAGUCUCUGGUCAUCGGUUAUUACACCCAACUUCAAGGCGAAGCACAAGUCCCACCAGCGCCAUCUGUGCAGCGCGCUGUUCUGGAGGCUAAAGCUGUUUUAGAAAGUCAGGGCCAUUUGUUAAAGGAAUUUGUACCACCGUCUCCCGACUUGGCAGAAGAACUUUUGUUGUCCACCUUUUUCUCUGAUGGUGGUGCUGGGCUGCGUUCAGAGCUAAACAAUGAGCCACUGCCCAAACACAUGCAGAUGCUUCGUAUAUCGCUUUAUGUGCCUGCAUUUUUAAAGCGUCUCGUCGCUCGCCUCGCGGGUUUCUUUCUCGGUAAGCCUGCUGCCCUUAUACUUAGCUCCUCGAUCGGCUGCCACUCCAGUGUGUCUGUCCUAGAGUUGCGACACCGGAUUGCGGAAUACGAGAAAGUCUUUGCAAAAUCCAUUUGCAGCUCAAAUCCACCUUUUGACGCUAUUAUCUGUCCAACCUUUGCCUUUCCGGCCCCUCUUGCGAGCACUGCGGAGAUAUUUCUUGACACAUCAAUUCUUUACACGGCUCUCUACAACUUGAUUGAUUAUCCAGCUGGCAUUGUACCCGUGGGCGCUGUCACGCCAGAAGACGUAAAAGCAGCGAUUAAGUUGAAGGAGGACUAUCAGCGUUGCGGAGAUCGUGUAAAUGCUGCGCUUGCGAAUAUGCAAAUUGGCAGUGAAGGCCUUCCGUUAGCGGUGCAAGUUGUAGGCAGACCCAUGCAGGAGGAGCUGGUUCUGAGAGUCAUGAAGGAGAUUGAGUCUUCUGUUAACUUUUGGAAAUAG